AAUGGUAGCAUUUUUUAUGAGUUCGAAACGAAACUAAACACACGAGAGUUCCAUUAACAAGUGCGAGGGGAAAUAGAUGAAAUAUAUGUCUUGUAAAUAGAAACUUAAGAACAUGGCCGACAACAAUGAGCCUUUCGAGGUCCUAGACUUAGAAGCAAUUCGACGAGGUAACAGCUGGUUACAGAAAGUGUUUGGAGACAUAUCAAAACAAUCUGCAGCAAAACAAGUCGCUAUCGGAGGAGCUACAGGAUGGGUAUCUGGAUAUUUGUUUGUGAAGGUGGGGAAAAUAGCUGCAGCAACCCUGGGAACAACGAUAAUACUUGUACAGAUUGCUCAAUAUAAAGGUUAUAUACAGAUUAACUGGAAGAAAGUCCAGAAGGAAAUGAGUCUUGCCAAAAACCAAAUGUCCAAGGAAAUCUCUAAGAAAUAUCCCUCACUACUCACAAAACAUUCAGACCUUCUUCCGACAAAACAUUUUUCUUGGGACUGGAUUUGCUGGUGGCUUCUUAAUAGGAUUGGCAUUUUGAGACCUUGAUCUGUAUUGGAUCAGUAUGAAAGAGCUGUGAAAGUGGAUUAAAGGAACAAAGACAUUUUGAAGACUGAAUCUGAGAGAAGAAGUUACUAAAAGAAACAAUCAGACUUUUAUGAGAUUGAAUCAUGACAGUAAAAUGUUAUGCUUUUGCUUCUCAAAUAUUCUCUUUCCAUCAUGAAUGCAUGCAAGCGUGCAUGAGACUGGUGUCAGGUGAACUGAUAUAAUUAAACAUUAUUGGUGAUGGUUUAGGAGAUAUUAUGAAGUUUCUUCUUAGUUGAAAUAUGACAAUUUAAUGAAGAAUUUUUUUUUUUUUGAAGCCUUUCAUGUCUAUAAUAGAUGGGCCCUCCUCACCCAACCUUGCAUACAAGUUGACAUUUAUAACAGUUUUAGUACUAUGACAGAUGUGUGAAUUUAUAUGAUUUGUGAUGAUAACAUCUAGGGAUUCUUGUUGGUGUCCUGUGUGACAUUUUCAAAGAUGAAGCUUAAUUUUUCGAGAAUUUGAUAUCUUGUUCUUUUGUGAGGAAAAUUCUUUAUUUGUAUAGAAACUAGUUAAAACUAAAAAGCUAAAAAAAAAAAAGAAAAAAAAAGCAAAAAAAAAAAGAAAUAAUUUUGAACAGAAGGUUUGAAGUAAUUAAGCAUUAAUUAAAAGAUAGUUUCUGUUUGAUUAAGAUGCUUACAUAAUUUUUUAUAUAAUAAAACUAGUCAAUUUUUUUUAUUUAUCUGAAGUAAGGCUUUAAGUGCGAUUAAUUGAGAUUAGUGUUGGCAUGGUUUUGUACGAACAUUAAUUGUACUGAAUUAAAAGGAUAAAUAAGGUUACAUACCUUUUUUUUUCACCAAUUAAGCAUUAAAAAGAAAAUUUACACAAUGUUGAAUUCACCUUUCUAUUUUCAUUUCACAAUUGGAUGGUGGUCUGUUCAAAUUGCUAUUCAUCUGUGGUCUGUGUUCCGGCUGUAUGUUAAUAAUCCUUGUUAUCACUAUGCUUUGAGAAGUAAUUCAGGAUCCUUUUACAAGUUUAAUUGUGAAUUUGAUCAUAAAAUCAAAAUGGCCAACAGAUUCAUCUACCUGACUGUCUUUUUAAAAAUUCAAAAGUAGGUUUCUUUUGGUACUUAAUUACCGGUAUGCAUAAUAAUUAUUCAAUUUCGAGACUGAUCAAGAAAACAAAAUAGUCAAGUGAUGGCCAUCUUUGAAUAUGACACUGAAGUUUUUAUCACUAUUUCUCGAAAGUACUGCUCGCAUCUCCAUAUGUAGAUUCUUCUUUGUAUGUAGUUUUACAUGGUCCAUUUUCAGACUGAUCAGAAAAAGAAAUUAAAAGAAUGGUUAAUUUUGUCAAUGCAACAAAUAGCUCAGAAGAAAGAAAAGAAAAAGGAUUAAAAGGAACAAAUAAAUAUCUUACGGUGGUGAACACCAGGUCCCUCGGGAACCCUUGUUUAAAAUUUGAUUCUGUUCUACGAAGCAAACUACUAUUUAAAUACAAACAAUUUUGCUUCAUAUAUAAUGUUUAUUUGUUUACAAAUGCAAAGAAGCAUAACAAUAAAUUAUGCCAAAAAUGAAUAAAACAAUGGGAAACUGUA